AUGGCUUCCUCACCCCAUACGUCCCCCUGGCUGUCAGAUGCAGACUACGCGGCAAUCCUGGGAGGCCAGCAGUGCACAACGCCGCCGGCUCCUCUGUUUCGCGUUCCGCCCGGCGUGAGGCACUUCCUGGAGGCCGGCGUCCACAGGCUGAUGGCCAGUAGCGGGCAGGGCGUGCUGUUCCUGAGCUGCGGAUCGGUGGAGAAGGAGGAGGACAUGCGCGACCUGGAGGCCGUGCGGAAGGAAUUCGACCAGUCGGCGUACAAGCACGUGGGCCUGGACAAAUGGGAGCAGCAGCGCGCCGCGGUGGGCAAGCCCGCCGUGGUGAAGUGGCUCGCGAAGGGGGCGAGGGCGCCCAACAGGAGCGGAGGCAUAAUCGAAGAGUUCCAAGUCCUGAAAGUCCAGCGGCUGUUGGAGAAGGAGACGGGGGUCCAGUCCCUGCCGAUCAUGGCCGUGCGCCAGGCGGCGGGCCAGCGCGUCACCCUGUUCACCACCACCGCGCCGCACACCUUCGCCGCGGGCGCCGCGGUGACCGUGUCGGGGGUGCAUCCCUCCCUGGACGGCACCCACAUCUGCACGGGAUCACAGGACGCAUCCACCUUCAACGUGCGCGGCCUGCCGGCCCUCAGCGGCUGGAAAUACACCGGCACGGGAGCCAACGGGGAGGGCGCGGCCACGGCGUCCAACCUACUUGAAAAGGAUGAAACCGCAACCCUGUUCCACGUCAUUCCGUGCGGGCGGAGUGGGCAGAUUGGAUCGUUGCCUGGGGCGGACGAGCGGUGUUCUCACAGGUCGGCGCCGCGCGGGUCGGACUGCCAGAGCACGGUGUACAAGUCGGCGGACUCGAGGUCGGACCCGUCCCAGGCGGACUCGGAGGAAGGGCGCAGGAGCGCGGGCGGGAUGAUCCAGUCGCCCACGGCGGCGGCCGCUGAAUCGAUGGCGGGGCCGAGGCCGGUGGAUCUGAUCGCGGGGGCGAGGGGGGAAGGCGGCGGGGCGUGGGGGGGAUGGGGCCGCUGGAUGCGCGGGAAUGAGAACAGGGCGGCUCAAGGGGUGGCGGGGGCUGUGGCCACCCGGGGGAACGAUCCGGCUGGCGUUGAGCCGCGGGCGGCCGCCGCUGAGGGGCCGGAGGGGGGAUCUGGUGCCGGGGGUUCGGGGGAGGGCUGGGGCGCCAGGCGGGCGGAGCCGCAUUGGCGGCAGGAUCCAAUGGGCAUCGGAGGCCGUUGUGGGGAUGGAAGGUGCCAGACGCAGGUCCCGGCGGAGGAAGGCAGCUGGGAGGACGAGGAUGACGGCCAUACCGAGUCAGGGCCAUCAGGCAGUGGCAUUAGUGAGCGAAUGGAUGCUGGCUCAGGCUCAGAGGCAAGAAACAUCUACGAGCCUGAAGGGUGCCCUUCUGGAGCACUGCCAGUGGUGGUGAUACCCCCCCUGAUGCUGCUGCUAAGGGUUCAGUGUGGGGCAACACUAGAAUCACUGGUUCUGGUGCACCAUAUGACCAUGAUGCCAACAGUGAAGCAGGCAGCUAUGCAGGGUACUCCACCAGUGAUUGGAGUGUGCAUCAGCAAGCUGCAGGCCCAGCUCAUGGUGCACGGCAACCUGCUGGAAGGCUGGAUGAAAGGUUGGCUGACAUUCGUAGAGGAAGCUUUGAACAACAAAGAGGGCGAGUUCAUCAUGAGCCUGCCGCUUUGCAUCAAUCCGGGUCAUCUGAAGCCAGACCUUGAGAGGGACGCCAUCUGGGAUGUGCGCCAGGCGUCACUUAGGGGUGCGGAAUCUUCGGACUGUGAGAACGUGGCAGACAGCUCACAGGCAGACAUGUUGGGACAUCUGGGAGCCAGCACUGGAGGUGAAUUGCCCAACUAUGAGCAGGACAUAAUCCAGCAGAUAACAAGGGGUGGAAACCAUGUGCUGGUGGGCUCCCCAGAGAGCACUUCCAACAUCACAGCAGAAACAACAAGGAAUUUGCUUGAGCACUCCCCAUUGGCACAUGUUUUCUUCAUUGCUUCAGAAGUGGCUGUUGCAAAGAAGCAGGCGGAGAGUCUGGAGGAGCGUGGAUUUGCAACUGUGGAGGCACUCACAGUGAAAAAGAUGACCAGAGAAAAAUGGGGUGCACACUAUGAGCAGAAUUCCCUUCAAGUUAUGACAGCACAACUGCUGCUGAAUGCCCUCAACCAAGGAUGGGCAGACUGGAGCCAAGUGUGCAUGCUGGUCUUAGGCAAGUGUCACUUGGCAUCUGGUGACCAUCCGUAUGCAAAGGUAGUGGAAAGCAUCAAGAGCAAUGCUCAAGAUCGCGUGCAGGUGCUGGCAACCACUGACGUGAACCCUCAGGACACUGUGAGGAUGGCCAUAGUUAAUGCGCUCAAAGAAGAACUGGAUGCUGUAAUUCUGUAUACCUCAGAGCUUGGCCAGGCCGCCACUGCGUGCGGAUCGGGCCAGGGAGAGGGUGAGGCACCAGCGAGAAGCAAAUGUGAAGGAGUCAGGUGGCCGAUUGACCGCCGUACUGAAGAUGAGGAGUUCAAGCGGAUGUUGGGUAGCUUUCUUCAGGAAGCUUUUGAGCAGUACACCAGUUUCGACGAUUUGGAACCAGCUCUGGCCCCUGCCCCGGCCACCACACAGAUGAUGAAAGGCGAGAUGAGCACCCAAGUUGAUGAGUGGGCGGGGAGGUUGAUCAAAAAAGCCAGAGAAUGUGGCCUGCAAGCGCCACAAAUCGAGGACAUGGAGGCCUUCUCAGAGCUUCUUUGCUUGGUGAACUUUUCCAUUGGCAUCGUGGACGAGGUUGGGUACGAGCUUGCUGUAGAUGACAUGCUGGACAGUGCUGACAGGUUGGAGAAGGGACGCCACCCAAGUGGCUGGUUUUGGCCCGCAGCCAGUUCUCUGCGGUGCAAGUUGGAAUGCUAUGGAGCUGGAGACGCUGCUGAGUUUCCCAAGAUUCGUGAGCUCAUUCAGCAGCUCGUGAAAUACAAGGAUGCUGCAAACUUUCAUGGGGUAGUGGUCACGAAGACUAGGCAUUGUGCUCAGCACCUGAGCAACACCAUCGGGGCCAUUGAGGACUUGGGAUUCCUGACCACAAUCAUCUUCUGUGGCCACAAUAAAGUGAAGCAGAGGUGUCGAUUGGAUGCGUCCCUUGCCAAGGGCUUGACCAAGACACAACAGGCUAAGCGCUUGGAUGAUUUCAAGAGUGCCUCUCAUUGUCUGCUGUUUGCACCUGGGGCAAAAGAGCUCGAAUCUGUGCAUGUGGUGCACAUUGAUCUCGCUGUUGUGCACAGUUCCAUAGACAUGGAAGACUGGCGGCGAAAGGAGCCAAGAGUUGCAAAGGUGGUGGCACUGAUGGAGGAGAAGGGCUAA